AAUACUCUCACAUCCACCCAACGUCAAAUACAUUUCAAAUAAAACAAGAAAUCUGCAAAACUCAUUACACAUAUGAAUAGCACAAAUGGCCAAAAAAACCAACGCCACUAGUUAUAUUUUAAUAAAGGGAUAAAAGGGGAUUUUUAGGGGGUAGAUGGUAUAUGGAGUUAUCCUCCUUAAAUUAUCUGCCUUUCUGAGUGUAAGUGAGUCGUAUUCGAAUCUGGUUCCGCACUCAGCUGGGUGUUCGUUUGAUCGAUGCUUUUACCUUCUGGGUUCUGCUCUGUUUACAAAUUGCAGAAGAGAGGACUCUACUCUCACUUCACCUAGGCUCUUCCUCUACAGGCUUUAAAUCAAUUCGAGUCAUGGCUUCUACUGGAGUUGUGGCGAAGGCUGGCUACUCGCUCGACUUCAUCAGGACCAACCAAUGAGCCUGUUGAUUGGCUCCAUUCUAAUCUUAGAGAGCCUGCCUGAUUUGAAGUUGAAGGUUUUGGAUGCGCGUCAUGUCAUGGUACAUGCCUGAUGAGCAGAGGAAUCCGAUCCAAGAAUAUCAGGUUGCUCAUAUUAUUCCCGGUGCCCUCUUCUUUGAUUUAGAUGGAAUAUCAGAUCGAACAACAAGUGAAGCUUUUUCUGCCGGCUGUUCUGCUCUUGGAAUUAUUGAUAACAAUGAUGGAGUUGUUGUUUAUGAUGGGAAGGGGAUGUUUAGUGCAGCCCGUGUAUGGUGGAAGUUCCGUGUUUCUGGACAUGAGAAAGUAUGGGUGCUCGAUGGAGGUCUACCGAGAUGGCGUGCUUUGGGUAAUGCUAUUUUUAAAGCCAGUGCUGCAAGUGAGGCUAUUAAGAAAAUCUAUCAAGGACAAAUUGUCAGCCCAGUAACCUUUAAAACGAAGUUUCAGCCACACCUAGUGUGGACGCUUGAUCAGGUACUGCUCCAGAGCCUCGUAAGGGAAUACGAAGCGGUCAUAUCCCUGGAAGCAAAUGUGUCCCUUUUCCUCAGAUGCUUGAUUCUUCUUCUCACACACUCUUACCAACAGAAGACGCUGAAGAAAUGAUUUGAACAAGAAGAUAAACCAUUUUAUAUCAAGUUGAAGAACCACUUUCACAAUCUUAUUUUUUAUAAAGCAGUCCUAAGAUCUCUAGGCUUAUCACUGGACAAGCCUAUAAUGGCCUCGUGUGGCACUGUCGUAACAGCUUGCAUCCACCAGUUUUGUUUGAGAUUAUGUAUAAGCAGUGGAGGUGAGACUGACUUGGUUGCUUGCUCUGUGAGGGGCUUCAUCGGCUGGGGGAAACUGAAGUGCCAGUGUAUGAUGGAUCGUGGACUGAAUGGGCAACAGAACCAGACUUACCCAUGGAAGGUGAAGGUGAAGGUGAAGGUGAUGAAUCUUCUUCAUGAAAGUCCUAACAAAAGCCACUUAUUCACUUAUGAUUGGCUUGAACUAUCAAACAUACCAUUAGUCUGUGUUCUCUUUCGAAUAAAUCAGCAAACUUAAGUUUGUUUAUCCUAAAACAUAAAACUCGAAACCAUUACGUUCAAA